AAAAGUGAAAUAUAUAAGGAUCCAGAUUAUGAGUAUACUCUUUUAGAUGAUAGUCAUUCAGAUGUGCAAUCUGAACUUUCUUGUAAUUCAGUUAAUAUGAUUAUAUCAAGAAAUUUAGUUAAAGGUAAAAGCUCUAGUUUUAUAGAAGGCAAAAACUUUACUUUUACAGAAGCCGUAUCAAAUUUUAUUAAGACAUAUUCAAAUUCAAAUUUAGUUGAGAAUGGUAAUCUUGAAAAUAAUAUUGAUUGGCUUGACUCUAAACUAGAUAUUACAUCUGAAGCUGGAUCUAGCAAAAGUCAUAUAGCAGAUUUUGAUAAUGAAGAAUUAGAUAUAGAAAUUAGUAAUCAUAAAACAAAUGAAGUUUCAGAACAAUAUAUUGUGUUGGACUUUAUAGAUAGAAAAAUUCAACAGUAUCCAAAUUCAAGAUACUGA